AUGAGUUCUGGAAUCCCACCAUGGCGCGCAACGGCGUCAGCAACAACCACUGCUACAACUCCCUUUGCCGGACAUGGACAUGCGACACCUGCAUAUAUCCCAGUUCAAGCCCGCCGUAGCCUUGCUCAACCCAAACCCACCCCUACUCCCUCGCAAUCGACCUCCUCGGAAGCUCCACGGAAACGAGUAGCUUGGCCGCCCGCUCUUCGGUUGUAUGUACAGCGAUGUUUCGUACCGGAACAUCAGAUCCCCAGCGUCACCAGACAAGAGAUGGAGGCCAAGUUAAAAUCGGUCAUUACCGAGGCCGCAGAGGGUGACAAGCUUGAUGCAAUCAAUUGGGACACCCUGCCGCUGCCGCAAGUCAUGGUACAGAACGAGCGGAAUAGGAUCUUGGCCAACCCCAGCGUGUCAGCGUGGGGUGAGGAGGCCUCGCGAAAGCGAAAGUCCACGGAGUACACGCCUGCGGAUACGAAGAAUAAUAUAUCUCCUCCCUGGAGACAGACUAACAAUGACCAGAAGUUUGAAGAUCGAGUGACUUACAGCCCCACAGACAAACGUCAGCGGAUAGAUUACAAGAACCCAAGUAAGUCGAAAGCUAAUCUUGAGAUGCGGCGGAAACGGUUUGAAGAACCUCGAUCCCGAUUCGGGUCGUCGCCGUCGUCCCCACGUGGCGAAUCGCCCGUUGCUACUGCCUACCAAGGCCCCAUUGUCGGAAGGUGCCAGGAUCUGGAAAAAAACUAUUUCCGAUUGACAUCUGCGCCUAACCCGGACACUGUGCGACCGCUCUCGGUGUUGCAGAAGACGCUGGAUCUACUGAAGAAGAAAUGGAAACGGGACAAUAACUAUGGCUAUAUCUGCGACCAGUUCAAAUCAUUGCGACAGGACUUGACGGUGCAGCGCAUCAGGAAUGAGUUUACGGUUAAUGUGUACGAGAUUCAUGCGCGGAUUGCCUUGGAGAAAGGAGACCUUGGUGAGUAUAAUCAGUGCCAAACCCAGUUGCGCGCGUUAUAUACACAGCAACUUGGCGGACACCCAACGGAGUUCAAGGCAUAUCGCAUUUUGUAUUUCAUCCACACACGCAACUGGACGGCGAUGAACGACGCGUUGGCGGACUUAAGGGCGGCCGACAAGCGGGACCCGGCCGUGAAGCAUGCCCUGGAUGUCCGGUCGGCGUUGGCCCUGGGGAACUACCAUCGGUUUUUCCAGCUGUAUUUGGAUACGCCGAAUAUGGGAGCUUACCUGAUGGACAUGUUUGUGGACCGCGAACGCCUAUCAGCCUUGACGGCAAUUUGUAAAGCGUAUAAACCCGAUGUGAAUAUUCGGUUCAUCACUGAAGAGUUAGGAUUCGAGUCGGACGAGCAGAGCGCCCGAUUUGUGCUGGACCACACGUCGGAGGAGCUGCUGCAGGAGAAAGACGGGGCUGUGAAGCUGCUAACAGGCGGCCGAGCUGGGCAGAUGUUUGAAGCGGCCAAGAAUGAGGCGCAUCGGGUGGUCGACAUCAAGGGACAGAUAUAG